AUGGCAAAUUUGAGACGUAAUAGUGAAAUUGUCUUAGCAACAGCUUCCUCAGGCAUAACUGCUAAAUUAUUACUUGGUGGUAGAACUACACACUCUCGAUUUGGGAUCCCCAUUGAUAUAGAGCCCCUUUCUAUUUGCAAAAUAACAAAGAAUUAUGACCUUGCAAAACUUAUUAGAAUAACCAAUGUAAUCGCUUGGGAUGAAGCACCCAUGAUAAAUAGAUAUUGCAUGGAAGCAUUAGAUCCAUCACUGUCUCAAUUAUGGACCACCAUAAAGAUCCUACAUUUGCGCCAAAAUAUGCGAUCAAUUCAUGACCACGAGUUCCCACAGUUUCUGAUGAGGAUUGGAGAUGGCAAUGAAUCUGCUAAAGAGGAUGACAUGGUCAAGAUGUCUGCUAAAAUUGUAAUACCAUGGGAAGGAGAAAGCUCCAUAAAAAAGCUUAUACAACAUACAUUUCCUCAAUUAGAAAACCAUGGAUGGGAUGCUUCAUAUAUGGUGGAGAGAGGCAUACUUACUCCCAAAAAUUGUGAUGUACAUAUGUUGAAUGGCAUGAUUAUUAAUAAGUUCCCUGGAGAUGAACAUAUUUUGUUAUCUUUUGAUGAGGUUGAGGGUGAUACUCAUAAUCUAUAUCAACAUGAAUACUUACACACAAUUGCUCCUGGCCACAACGUUGGCAAAAGAUCUUUCUUGCCAAGAAUUAAGCUCAAAACCACUGAUGGUGCGGGACUUCCUUUUGUGCUUAUUAAAAAACAGUUUCCUGUCAAACUAAAUUUUGCAAUCACUAUAAAUAAAUCACAAGGACAAAUAAUUCCUAAUGUCGGAAUUUAUCUUCCACGAUAUGUUUUCAGUCACGGACAAUUGUAUGUUGCUUUAUCAAGAGGUGUUUCGCGGGCUGCAACAAGAGUGCUAAUUAAAGACGGAAAAGUAGAUGGGAAAGAAGGGGAUUUUACCAAAAAUAUAGUUUUUAAAGAAAUUUUGUUGUCACAACCUCAAGUAUUUAUCUAUUAA